CUCGUUUGCUAUUGUGAUAUUGUGAUCAGAACAUGAAUAAAACGGGUUGUCAUUUCACUAGACCCACCCAGAAACUGUCUCCCCUCCCCCACUAUUUAGUGCCUACGACUCUAUCGUCUACUUCCUUUUCUCUCUCACUUCUAAUUCUCACCAGCCAUCUUUCCAACUUCGCACAACCACAGCGCGUACGAGACUUGGCCAAUAUCCUCAAGAUCUUUUUCUAUCACAACCCGGCACAAGACGUCAAGAUGUCAGACCAUGAGAUUAUCCAAGCGAUCAAGGGCGUUGACCGGCCGGAGCCCCCUACCACGCAGGGUAGGGUUAACGCAGCCAAGGGAAUAAUUCAGUCUGUCUUGAGCCAGGAUUACGACCUCAAGGAGCUUAAGGAUUUGAGGAAAAUCGUCUGGGACUACAGGAAGUCGCUGGACAAAGUGUCUCCGCGCGAUACUGCGGAUUCAAAGAGGACUCGUUAUCGGUACAGCUUGUGUAUCGACAUUUCGUACAUCCUCCAAGGUCUGGAGUAUAAGCUGGCCGGCGGCCCGGAUGACGAGUUGUGCAAGAAUCUCGAAGCUACGCUCGGAGAGCCGUUGGAGGGCAAGGAGAAGGAUGCCUCUGCUGGUGUUCAGAAGGGCGUUGACGGUGAAUGUGACGAGGAGGAGGACUGGGUGCUUGUCUGA